CUGCCACAUAUUUCUUCAUCUGCUCCCCUUUUCUCCUUCCUUAGCUCUACUUCUUCAUUUCCUAAAGCCUACCUCUUCUCUCUCUUUCUCUGUGUUUUCUUCUCUUUGAUACUACCCCUCCUUUAUUUCCUCUGUCACUUUUCUUUCUCCCAUUUCUAUCUACAGGCCAUAUAUAUACCUCUACUUACUAUAAAAACUCUUACCAAAACCACUUUCAUAGCCCCAAAUACUGAUUUCCUGGCAACAACUUAGCCCCAAAUCAGAUCUGAUAUCCUUCUCCUUCUGGACCUUUUUUUCCAAGGGGGUUCUAUAUUCACUGGGCUAAGAGGAGAAAUAGGAAACGUUGGUUUUUGGAGAGAUAUAGAAAGUGAGAAGGCACAGUUGGAUUCUCCGAAAUCUUCGUGAGCGUUAUGUUUAUUUCGUUUGGUUUACUAUGAUUUUGGUCUCUGUCAAAAGCCGUAUCAAAUUUGUCAACCCUAUCUUUCUUGGUAUUGUAAUUUUUAUUUUAUUUUUUUAAUUUUUAAUUUUUUUUUUUAACGUAGGAAACAGAUAGGCUUAAGAGUUGAAAACCCCUUUUUUCCAUGACCUAAGUCAGCGUUUGCCUCUUUGUUAAAUUCCAUAUUUCUCUUUUUCUCAGACCACUGCCAGAGAAUCUAGGAAACAAACACAAACACAAAACACAAACCCUUCUAUCCCCUGUAUAUAAGGAUUCCCCUGAAAGACAAAGUACUGUCCACCUUUCUUCUGGGUGAAAGGUAGAGUACCUGUACUAUUCAAAAGCUAUAUAUACACACACACACAUACUGCUUGGGAAGUGUUUGUGGGUCGUGAAAUAUGCCUGCCGGGAUUAUGAUUCCGGCGAGCAACAUGCCGUCUAUGAUCGGAAGAAACGGGUUUGGAUCAUCCUCUGGACUUACCCUUGGUCAGAUUGAAAAACCAUAAGCCUUCGGAAUCUUAAAGAUCUGUAGAUAUGUUCCAGCCUAACAUGAUGGAUGGUCAGCUCCACCAGCUAGACAUGGCUCAAAACACAUCCGAGAGUGAUUUAGCCCGAAUUCGAGACGAUGAAUUUGACAGUGCUACUAAAUCUGGUAGCGAAAACCAUGAAGGUGCCUCCGGUGACGACCAAGAUCCACGGCCCAACAAAAAGAAGCGCUACCACCGCCACACUCAGCACCAGAUCCAGGAAAUGGAAGCAUUCUUUAAGGAGUGUCCACAUCCAGAUGACAAGCAAAGGAAAGAACUAAGCCGUGAAUUAGGGUUGGAGCCAUUGCAAGUCAAAUUUUGGUUCCAAAACAAGCGCACCCAAAUGAAGACCCAACAUGAGCGUCAUGAAAAUACAAAUCUGAGAACUGAGAACGAAAAGCUUCGGGCCGAUAACAUGAGGUACAGAGAAGCUCUUAGCAAUGCCUCAUGUCCCAAUUGUGGUGGUCCAACUGCAAUAGGAGAGAUGUCCUUUGAUGAACAUCAUUUGAGACUCGAAAAUUCCCGAUUAAGAGAAGAGAUUGAUAGGAUUUCAGCAAUUGCUGCAAAGUAUGUUGGCAAGCCAGUUGUGAACUACCCUCUUCUUUCUCCACCGGUCCCAACCCGGCCACUAGACCUUGGAGUUGGGAGUUUUGGUGGGCAGCCAGGCAUUGGAGGAGAGAUGUAUGGUGCUGGAGACCUUCUUAGGACGAUCAAUGCACCAACCGAAGCUGAUAAACCUAUGAUCAUUGAGCUUGCGGUUGCAGCAAUGGAGGAACUAAUCAGAAUGGCUCAAAUGGGGGAACCCUUAUGGAUGACAAAUCUUGAUGGCACCUCAAUGAUAAAUGAGGAUGAAUAUAUUAGGACAUUUCCUCGUGGGAUUGGACCAAGACCAUCCGGCUUCAAAUGCGAAGCUUCACGAGAAACUGCUGUUGUCAUCAUGAACCACAUCAACCUUGUUGAGAUUCUAAUGGAUGUGAGUCAGUGGUCUACUGUGUUUUCUGGGAUUGUCUCAAGAGCUAUGACUCUGGAAGUAUUAUCAACUGGAGUGGCAGGAAAUUAUAAUGGUGCACUGCAAGUGAUGACAGCAGAAUUCCAAGUUCCCUCACCCCUCGUUCCAACUCGGGAGAGUUAUUAUGUGAGGUACUGUAAACAGCAUGCUGAUGGUACUUGGGCAGUGGUUGAUGUUUCCUUGGAUAAUUUGCGCCCUAGUCCGGCAGUGAGGUGCCGAAGAAGGCCUUCUGGUUGUUUGAUUCAAGAAAUGCCCAAUGGAUAUUCAAAGGUUACAUGGGUUGAGCAUAUAGAAGUUGAUGAUAGAGGUGUUCACAAUCUAUACAAGCAGCUUGUUAGCUCAGGUAAUGCAUUCGGUGCAAAACGUUGGGUAGCAACCCUAGACCGACAAUGUGAGCGUCUUGCAAGCGCCAUGGCAACAAGCAUUCCCACCGGUGAUAUUGGAGUCAUAACAAAUCAAGAAGGAAGAAAGAGUAUGUUGAAACUGGCUGAGAGAAUGGUGAUAAGCUUUUGUGCUGGAGUGAGUGCCUCUACUGCACACACAUGGACGACAUUGUCUGGAACUGGGGCAGAUGAUGUAAGGGUCAUGACCCGAAAAAGCAUAGAUGAUCCAGGCAGACCUCCUGGCAUUGUGCUAAGUGCUGCUACUUCCUUCUGGCUUCCUGUUCCACCAAAAAGAGUUUUUGAUUUUCUCCGUGAUGAGAACUCUCGAAGCGAGUGGGACAUUCUUUCAAAUGGUGGAGUUGUACAAGAAAUGGCACAUAUUGCUAAUGGCAGGGAAACAGGCAACUGCGUAUCUCUACUUCGAGUGAAUAGUGCAAAUUCAAGCCAGAGCAACAUGUUGAUAUUACAAGAGAGUUGCACUGACCCAACAGCCUCUUUCGUGAUUUAUGCACCAGUUGAUAUUGUUGCAAUGAAUUUAGUACUAAACGGUGGAGAUCCAGAUUAUGUGGCACUACUUCCUUCAGGAUUUGCUAUUCUCCCUGAUGGAACAAUGGCUCAUGAAGGAGGCAUUGGUGAGGCUACUACAUCUGGAGGAUCUCUCCUCACUGUUGCUUUUCAGAUUUUGGUUGAUUCAGUUCCUACAGCAAAACUUUCUCUUGGGUCAGUUGCAACUGUUAACAACCUUAUUGCUUGCACCGUUGAGAGGAUUAAGGCUUCUUUGUCUUGCGAGAACGCAUGAUCUACAAACCCUAAAUUCAAGUGAUUAACAGAAGCAAGAAAAGGAAAGGAAAUUAAGAGAAACAAAUUAAGGUGAUGAAGAAUUUCUUCUUUAUACAAGAUGGGCAGAAGUCAAGAGCGCACCUUACAUGAUCCUUUCUAAGCAGUUUACAAAAGCUUAAGCGCAAGGAUUAGGGGUUCGGGUAUUGACUUCUUCAAACAAUUUAAAGAGCUAAAAAAGCUUAACACCUUAUUAUUAUGAAUAGGGUUGAACUUUCUUUUACCUUUUCUUAACUUGGUAGUUAGGGUUAGGGUUUUGCAUGAGUGAAAGCUUAUAAAGUGCUUCACUUAUUUCCUUCUUUGUUUGUUGUUCGGUCGUGUGUUUUUGAAACACCAGUGGGUGAAGAACCUCACACCUACUAGCAAAUUUUUCUUUUAUUUUCUUUUUUGUUUACAAUUUUAAGAUCUUUUGAAGUGGAUAUUGCUUCCGUAGAUUAUUA